AUGAACCCCGCGGCGAACGUGAACAUGGCUAAUCUGGGCGUCAUGGGUGGCCCGGUUGGAGCUGCCCCGAUGCCUAUGAUGAACAACGCGGCUGGAGUGCAACAAGCCGGACCUCGACAGCAGGCCCCCAUCAACGAAACUCAGCGGACUCUGCUCAACACAUACAUCUACGAGUACUUCAUUCGCUUCGGAAUGCACGAUUGCGCACGUACUCUUUUACAGGGCGACCAUCAGGUGAACGUGAUUCGCGAUGGCGUCAAUCGCCGUCGCGACGAAAACGGCAAUAUCCUUGGCAACGGUGUCGGAGGCGACGCCAUGGAUACCGACAGCAAGGACGAGAUGGAUGGAAAGCUUCCCGAUGACCUUCCACCACCGAAACUUCCCAGGACUUCUGAGGGCAUGUCUUUCCUACAUGAGUGGUUCUGCUUAUUCUGGGAAAUGUACAGCGCGCAGCGGAAACCUGGUACUGGUGUUGUCCACCAAUAUGUUAAUCACACACAGGUCCAAAACCGCAUGCGACAGAACCAACACCAAGAGAUGCUGCGGCAGAUGCCACAACAGCAAUACCAAGCUCAUAUGAUGCGCAUGCAAAACGGCGCUGGUAUGGGUAUGGCUGGAAAGCAAGGCCUCGUCCGUACCGCAAUGGCAAAUAACCAGAAUCAUCCCCAAGCGAUGUUGCACCAGGCGAAACAGAACCAAAUGCAGCGCGACCCCUCGGACAUGGAUGGCAACCGCCAGCGACCUGGCUCACCUGGCUCCGCCGAUAAUGCCCCAUCACCGUCUAAGAGACCCCGACUCGGUGACGCAGCGUUUAAUCCAAACCAACCCGGCAUGCGUCCAGUCCAGGGUAUGCCCGGACAACCAGGCGUUGCCCCGAAUUUGCAACAGACUCAGCAGCUCCUGAUUUCUCAUGGAAUCAACCCGAAUCAGCUCACUGCCCAGCAACUGCAACAGUUCUCCCAGCAGAGCCCCGCUGUCCAGGCUAAGUCCAUCGCCACCUACUCUGCCAACCUUCAGCAACAGCAGAGCCAGCAGAUGCCCAACAAGCAGAUGCCCAACGCAGGAAUGCCCCAAGGCCAGGGCUCCCCAAUGAUGCCCCCCGGUCCCGACGGUGCGGCCAUUGGUGCUUACUAUAAUCCUGAAAUGGGAGCUGGUCCCGGAGGAAUGCGGCCCGGACCCGGUGGAGCUCAGGGUGCUGGAGGUAGCAAUCAUGCUCUCCAAGAUUACCAGCUUCAGCUUAUGCUUCUUGAGCAGCAAAACAAGAAACGCCUGAUGAUGGCCCGCCAGGAACAGGAUAAUAUGGGCGGAAUCCCCCGUGAUGCUCCUAACGGUCCCGGUGGACCCCCAGGUCCUAAUGGGCAGAUGAUGCCAGAUGCGUCUCCCCAAGGUGGUAGGUCUGGUGCCUCGCCAAACCCUACAGAGCAGAUGAAGCGUGGAACUCCUCAGAUGAACAACAUGGGCUCUCCCCACCCGGAUGGAAGCGUCCAGUCGCGGGGCUCACCUAACGCCAUGAACUUCAUGGCCAGCGAAAUUAACCCCGGAUUAGCACCCCACUUCUUCAAGGACAUGAACGGCAACAUGGUCGCCAAUGGGCAGAUGAACGGCAUGCGCCCCCCCAGCUCUCACCCUAACCAGCAGUUCAACGGACCUGUUAACCCCCAGAUGAUGGCUGGUCGAGGACAACAAGCACCCGGGAAUAACCCGGGCAACCCGCAGAUUCAAUGGCCAGGCGGCCCUAACAAUCAAAUGAUGCAACAAGGUCCUCAAGGUCAACAGGUACAAGGCACCCCCCAGCAGAGGAACUCAAUGCCGCCACCUUCCGGUCCAGCAGCGGCUGCCAGCAACGCGAACAACCGUAACACUUCGUCGCCGCAACAGAAUACCCAGAGCGGUACUCCUCAGCCGCCCACGCCUUCUCAGGCAACGAAGCCUGCGCCCAAAAAGAAGGAGACUAAGAACGCUAAGGCUAAGGCUGCGGCUCAGAAGAAGUCCAAUACAAAUCUUAACGCGGCCGCGGCUGCCGCCGCCGCCGCCGCCGCGACAGCGCCUAGCGAACCUCCUCAGGACGCAGAACCGCCCACGCCCGCUACACCUAUGACUCCCGGAAACGCCACGGCUGCGUUUAAGGCCGGUCAAGCCGGUGCACCUACGGGAGGCGCGCCUGCGGCCUCUGGUCCUGCUGGACCCCAAGCGGCUCCCGCUCCCGCUCCCGCUCCCGCUCCUGCUCCUGCGCCUCCCCCAGCACAGCAGAUCCAUACGGACCCCACGCAGGGUGGCUCCUUCAGCUUAGACGGCAGUGGUGCCAUGGAUGUCUUCCCGGGUAUGGAUUUCACCAAUCCGAUGACCACGAGCGAUGUUCUUAAUGACUUCGACUUCGACGCUUUCCUCCACGAGGAUAAUGAUGGUGGCGGCUUCGAUUUCAAUGCAGGGUACGGCUCAAUGGAAGGCACUGGAGAGAUUGGGGCGGAUUGA